AUGAACGUGACUUCCCCACACGACCUUUUAGCUCCUCCCCAGCCCGACAUACAAAAUAUGCAGGACACCUCUAUGGGUCUCGGACUGAACUUUGCAGACAAAGGCCCGGAGUUUAUGAACACGGACCGGACUAUUAAGAAGCUUGAGAAGGGAUUUGUGACACUCCGCCACGGUCCAAACCAAUAUUUCUAUUGCCUCCAUUGUGACAAGUGGUUUAAGAAGUCACAGACGGCCAAACACACGAGCGAGACGAUAGGAGCCGACUUGGACAUAGCAAAGAAAGUCCUCUUCUAUAAAGAGAAUAUGGCUUCGAUGCAACCGCAGAUGUUACACUCCUUCAAUGACUUUGUGAAGACCGUUCAAGUCCGGAAGAAGAAGGGGGCACUUGACGGUCUGCGGAAGAAAGCUAAUAUGAGGGAGUUAGUCGGCUUUGAAGCGAAGAAGCCGGGAGGAAUGCAACUUGGACUUGAGAAUUGUAACCUCCCAAAUUUGAAUAUGAUGGCACCUGAAGAGAAUAAAAUGAACGAAGAGUAUACACUCGAGUAUAACAUUGAUAACUACGAUAAGUGGGAUAUGAGUAUCAUCUGUAAAUAUAUCAAAGAAAGGUGCUUUGUCAACGAGGAAAUGAACAUCCAAAAAGUCGUCAACGUCAUCACACGGCUGUUUAACGGCGAAGAACGACUGAAGGAUAGAAGACUCAUUAACUCCGUCCAACGGAAGAAGGCGGAUAUCGUCUCCGAGAUCAUCUCCGACAUAUUCGUCAGAGUCGGGCUGACACGACAACAAGUCACUGAGAUGAAUUCGAUCAUUCAAAUGACAUUUGCUGUUCUGUCGCCACAAAGUGUCGGGAUCAUCUCGAAAGUACAUACAAGUUAUCAAUCGUGUGUGAGAAGGUCUGUCUCGAACGGUACAAUGAACGAGAAGAAGAAGAAGUAA